AUGGCGCCUUCCAGCAAAACUACGAGGCCGCAAAGUUCCCAUGCCGACCAGAAAUCCGUCACAGAUACUAGAAAGCUCCGCAAUCGAAUCUCCCAGCGUGCUUUUCGAGCGCGACAGUCUGGGUAUAUCAAGGAGCUCGAGGAAAAGCUUCAACGAGCAGAAAAGCCUGAUCUUAAUAUCACUAAGCUGGAAGAGGAAAACCAAAGUCUGCGUGUUCAACUUCUAAAUUGUCACAAAAAAUUAGAAAGCCUCAUCGUCUCGAUGAAAACAGUCUCGGCAUCUUUGUCCGAAGCAACUGCCAUUGAAUUUCACGACUGCAGUAUUCCUUCACAAAACCCCAUUAUCCUCAACCAGGAGGACCCAGAGCCUCACCUCUUGGGAUCAAUAGUCGAUGAAUUACAAGCAAACCCCAAGGUUCAAACCGGAACAGCAGCACAAUGCCAACCGGCUCCACAGGAACUGCUUUUCAACUGUCUCCAGACAGUACCCUUUGAGAAGAUGAUGGGAUUUGAACAGUACGAAAAACUCACUAGAUCAAAACAACGUGCAUCUGGCGAUUUGUGUCUGCCGACCACGAAUUCGGUAUUUUCUGAUCACAUAUCAAGCUGGGAAAUGUAUCUGAAGCAGAAGUGGGAUGCCACUGCGCCUUUCUUGAAUGGAAGGAUGGACUGUCUUAUCACUUCUGCCUACUUCAUGACAUCUGCCUUCAUCUGCCUGUCAUGGCCAUCAAUGACAUCCUGGCAUACGUAUACCAAGGCGCAUAUACCAGUUAUGAAAAUAACUGCGUGGCAUAUCGAUCCAUCAGUUGAAAGCUAUAACAACAUGAGCCAGACUUGGAGGCCAACAAAGACUCAGAUUUCGCGGAAGCAUCCCGCCAUUAUUGAUUGGAUUCCAUGGCCAUCGAUUCGGGAUAAACUGAUUACCUGUCAUGCUGCUAAUCCUCUGAUUGACAAUGUCAUUGGCGCCAUCGGACAUUCCUACGUCAUGGAAAUUGACCUUUCCAAACUUAUCGCCAACAUUCCUCCAACGCCAGGAUAUGUGUCCGUCUGGGAUCUCAUUCAGGCAAUCUCCCCCGGAAACGUCAAAACAGAAUGGUACUAG